AAGACAAAAUGGCGGAAGAACUGUCGAACAUUUCUAGACUUAUGUUGAUCCAGAACUGUCAGUGAAAUGAGUUGCACGAGUGCACACGCUUUCGACGUUAGGAAACAGUGCCUUGAGAUUAUCUCAGACAUAACAAAUAAACAGGAAGACUCGUCGGUAGACGAUAUAAACCUGGCAAGGAAAUGGCUUCUCUACUAUAGAGAGGUACCAACAAGACUUCAGGGAAAACUACCGCGGUGUGGGUUGUCAGCUGUUAGCAUGGCAGCGGAAUUGAUAAAUUUAAAGAGAAUAGUGGGUGAUGACAAUGUUGUAUCAUCUGCACAGAAACCGUACGAAGAGGAAUUGAACAACUUACUGACAUUGGCAAAAUCCAGAGGUUUUUCUAAUCAAGGAGAAAUGUACUCGGCAGAAAAUCUUGCUCAUCUUGCUGAGGAGUUUUAUGGUGUGAAAUGCUCAGUCAUAAGUAAUGCAUUCGAGGAUCAACACUCCACUGUCUCUCAAUUACUUAAGGGAUCAGCUGUGCUUGUCCCGUAUGAUGCUGAUAAGAACAAUAAACCCUGUUUGGAGAAUGGCCACCGUGCCCAUUGGGCUUUGCUCACAGGUGUCUUGUGUGAACUGUGCGACAACAGCAUCGACUGGACAUUGUUUGAGCAAGAUGUUGAUGUUCCCAUGUUAUUCUGUGUAAGUCCAUUACAAUCAUUUGUCUUACCCCCUAAUUGUAAACUGGGACAUGUUUACUUUUGCGUCAAGCAUGGUAAAUCAAAGCACACAGUUGUUUGGACCCUUGAGAGUUUAAAGAGUAGUAAUGCAAAUCUUUUGGAACUAGAUCCGAAACGAAGACUAGCUGGGAAUUGCAUUGUUCCCAGAGACGGCCUAAGGGUUGGACUGUGUCAGAAAAUUGUACUUAUGUCUGGAAAAAGUUAGAAAAUUAAGUAGCAAUAAUAAGAAUACACUGAACAAAGAUAUUAGAUGUCAACAAAUUUAUUUACCAGUUCUGAGUAUUGUUUGACCUAAAACAGUUCUAUACUAUAACAAGGAAUUGAAUAAAGUAUUUUAAUUUACAAUA